CUGGACUGAAUGGGGACAGAUGCCCUGCAUUGGAAAGGCUCGCUUGGAUGGCUCGGAGAAGGUUGUCCUCGUCAGCAUGGGGAUUGCAUGGCCGAAUGGCAUAUCCAUUGACUAUGAGGAAAAUAAAUUGUACUGGUGCGAUGCUCGUACAGACAAAAUAGAAAGAAUUGACCUUGAGACUGGAGGGAAUCGUGAAGUGGUACUGUCAGGGAGCAAUGUGGAUAUGUUCUCAGUUGCAGUCUUUGGGGCUUACAUCUACUGGUCUGACAGAGCACAUGCCAAUGGAUCCAUCAGAAGGGGCCACAAGAAUGAUGCCACGGAAACCAUAACCAUGAGAAUGGGCCUUGGAGUCAACCUGAAGGAGGUUAAAGUCUUUAACCGAGUAAGAGAGAAAGGGACCAAUAUUUGUGCCAGGGACAAUGGUGGGUGUCAGCAACUGUGUCUUUAUAGAGGAAAUUCCUGGAGAACUUGUUCUUGUGCCCAUGGAUAUUUGGCAGAGGAUGGAGUUACUUGCCUAAGACAUGAAGGCUAUUUGCUUUAUUCAGGGAGAACAAUAUUAAAAAGUAUACAUCUUUCUGAUGAAACCAAUUUAAAUUCACCAAUAAGGCCAUAUGAGAAUCCACAUUAUUUCAAGAAUGUCAUAGCCUUAGCUUUUGACUAUAAUCAAAGAAGAAGAGGAACCAACCGGAUCUUUUACAGCGAUGCACACUUUGGAAAUAUACAGCUUAUUAAAGAUAACUGGGAAGACAGACAAGUAAUUGUUGAAAAUGUGGGUUCUGUCGAAGGACUUGCCUAUCACAGAGCCUGGGAUACACUGUACUGGACCAGUUCCACUACCUCAUCCAUCACCAGACACACAGUGGACCAGACUCGGCCGGGAGCAUUUGACAGGGAAGCUGUCAUAACCAUGUCAGAAGAUGACCAUCCACAUGUUCUAACCCUGGAUGAAUGCCAAAACUUAAUGUUUUGGACCAACUGGAAUGAACAGCAUCCAAGUAUCAUGAGAUCUACCCUGACUGGGAAAAAUGCUCAAGUGGUGGUCAGUACAGACAUUCUCACUCCAAAUGGACUCACCAUUGACCACCGGGCAGAGAAGCUGUAUUUUUCAGAUGGCAGCCUAGGAAAAAUUGAAAGGUGUGAAUAUGAUGGAUCUCAGAGACAUGUGAUUGUUAAAUCUGGGCCAGGGACUUUCCUCAGUCUGGCUGUUUAUGACAACUAUAUCUUCUGGUCGGACUGGGGAAGAAGAGCUAUCCUGCGUUCCAACAAGUACACAGGAGGAGAUACAAAAGUUCUCCGUUCUGAUAUCCCACAUCAACCAAUGGGAAUCAUAGCCGUCGCCAAUGACACCAAUAGCUGUGAACUUUCUCCAUGCGCAUUGUUGAAUGGAGGUUGCCAUGACCUGUGCCUUUUAACUCCCAAUGGGAGAGUGAAUUGUUCCUGCAGGGGAGAUAGAAUAUUGCUAGAUGACAACAGAUGUGUGACUAAAAAUUCCUCCUGCAACAUUUAUUCAGAGUUUGAGUGUGGAAACGGAGAGUGUAUUGACUACCAGCUCAGCUGUGAUGGCAUUCCUCAUUGUAAGGAUAAAUCUGAUGAAAAACUGCUCUACUGUGAAAACAGAAGUUGUCGAAGAGGGUUCAAGCCCUGCUCCAAUCAUCGCUGCAUUCCUCAUGGCAAGUUAUGUGAUGGUGAAAACGACUGUGGAGACAAUUCUGAUGAAUUAGACUGUAAAGUUUCAACCUGUGCUGCUGUUGAGUUCCGCUGUGCAGAUGGGACAUGCAUUCCAAGACAACACAGACUGUACACACUUCUAUAAACUUGGAGUGAAAACCACAGGGUUCAUAAGAUGCAAUUCUACCUCACUGUGUGUUCUGCCAACCUGGAUAUGUGAUGGGUCUAACGA